CAGUCUCAUUCCAGUUUAGCACGCAUCUUGGUUUCUAGGCACUACUGGGAGCUUCAAGAGACAAAAGUUCAAGAUGCCAGAGCCUUCGAAGAAAGCAGUUUCUGCAUUUACCAAGAAGCCAAAGACAACAGAGGCAACAUCAGGAGGUUCAGCUAUGUUUGAGGCAGAGACAGAAAAAGCUGGCAUCAAGGUGAAGUGGCAGCGAGCUGGUGCUGAAAUUACUGAAAGCAAGAAAUAUAUCAUCAAAUCUGAGGGGAACAAGCAUUCACUGACUAUCAAUAACAUUGAAAAAGAUGAUGAUGUGACAUAUGCUGUAAUUGCAGGGAGUUCCAAGGUCAAAUUUGAGCUCAAGGUCAAAGAACCAGAAAAGUCUGAAGCAGUCCUUCCUACUGAAGCUUCUUCUGCCUCAGCUGUCUUAGACGCAGACUCUGCUCCAGCUGUUCCAGAUUCACCUCCACCACCACCAGACAGUAUCCAGAAAUCAGUUCCAACUAGUGAAAUUCAGCCAGAACUACCUCUGGAUCUUAUUGGGCUCUUUGUGACCCGGCCUCAAGAUGGAGAAGUGUCUGUUGGUGGAAACAUCACAUUUACUGCCAUUGUGGCAGGUGCCAGCCUACUGAAGAAGCCAUCAGUAAAAUGGUUCAAGGGAAAAUGGAUGAACUUGGGAAACAAAGUGGGGACCCAUCUCCAGCUUCAUGACCACUAUGAUAGAAACAACAAGGUUUAUAUUUUUGAAAUGCAAAUAAUUGAUGCAAAAAUGACAUAUGCAGGGGGGUACAGAUGUGAGGUGUCUACCAAAGACAAGUUUGAUAGCUGUAACUUCAACCUCAUUGUCAAUGAAGCACCAGCAGCUGGAGAUAUGGAUAUUCGAACGACCUUCCGACGCAUGAGCCUGGCAGGAGGAGGGAGACGGAUGUCUGCAGCCUUCCUCAGUGCAGAGGGACAUGAAGAAGGUGGAGAGUUGGAUUUUAGUGCCUUACUGAAAAAGAGCAGCUUCUUGCGCUCAGUAAAUAGAACUGAGGCAAAAACUGAAUCACAGCCCAGUGUUGAUGUCUGGGAAAUCCUGAGGAAAGCCCCUCCUUCUGAGUAUGAGAAAAUAGCUUUCCAGUAUGGGAUCACAGACCUGAGGGGGUUGCUGAAACGACUCAAACGCAUGAAGAAGGAGGAGAAGAAAAGUACAGCGUUCCUCAAGAAACUGGAUCCUGCUUACCAAGUGGACAAAGGACAGAAAAUCAAAUUUACAGUGGAUGUUGCCAACCCAGAUGCUGAUGUGAAAUGGCUAAAGAAUGGGCAGGAGAUCCAAGUUAGUGGCAGCAAAUAUAUUUUUGAGGCUGUUGGGAAUAAAAGGAUUCUGACUAUCAAUCACUGCUCCCUGGCUGAUGAUGCAGCAUAUCAAUGUGUGAUAGGUGAGGAAAAGAGCUUCACAGAACUAUUUGUCAGAGAGCCUCCAGUCCUGAUCAUCCACCCACUGGAGGACCAAAUGGUGAUGGUUGGAGAAAGAGUGGAGUUUGAGUGUGAAGUGUCCGAGGAAGGGGCUACUGUGAAAUGGCGAAAGGAUGGAACUGAGUUAACACGGGAAGAGGCUUUCAAAUACAGAUUUAAAAAGGUUGGGAAGAAGCACUAUCUGAUCAUUAAUGAAUCAACUAAGGAGGACAGUGGACACUAUACUGUAAAGACCAAUGGUGGGAAGUCAGUUGCUGAACUGUUUGUACAAGAGAAGAAGCUGGAAGUUUAUCAGAGUAUUGCAGACCUGACAGUGAAGGCACGGGACCAGGCUGUCUUCAAAUGUGAAGUAUCUGAUGAGAAUGUGAAAGGAAUCUGGUUGAAAAAUGGGAAAGAGGUCGUCCCAAAUGAAAGGAUAAAGAUCUCUCAUAUUGGCAGAAUUCAUAAGCUAACCAUUGAUGAUGUAACCCCAGAAGAUGAAGCUGACUAUUCUUUCAUCCCUGAGGGAUUUGCUUACAACCUUUCCGCCAAACUUCAGUUUUUGGAGAUCAAGAUUGAUUUUGUGCCAAGAGAAGAACCCCCUAAAAUCCAUUUGGACUGCAUGGGUCAGUCUCCUGACACUAUUGUUGUGGUGGCUGGGAAUAAGCUGAGACUGGACGUUCCCAUUUCAGGAGACCCAAUACCCACUGUAAUUUGGCAGAAAGUAAACAAGAACAGUGACAGUGUGCAAAGCAGUGAUGAUUCCAGAAAUCCCCCAAGUACCAGCAGUGAUUUAAGUAAUGAUAAUAAACUUCUCUCUGAAUCUGAAGGUAGAGUUCAUGUGGAGAUGCACGAGGACCACUGUGUCUUCAUCAUUGAAGGAGCAGAGAAGCAGGAUGAGGGGGUUUACAGAGUUACAGUUAAGAAUCCAGCAGGAGAAGAUAAAGCUGAUAUCACUGUCAAGGUUAUUGAUGUUCCUGAUCCUCCAGAGGCUCCCAAGAUCCUCAACAUUGGAGAGGAUUACUGUUCUGUGGAGUGGCAACCCCCUAGUUUUGAUGGAGGGCAACCAGUACUAGGAUACAUCUUGGAAAGGAAGAAGAAGAAGAGCUACCGAUGGAUGAGACUGAACUUUGAUCUUCUAAAGGAGCUGUCAUAUGAAGCCAAGAGAAUGAUUGAAGGAGUAAUUUAUGAGAUGCGGGUUUAUGCUGUGAAUUCUAUUGGCAUGUCCCGCGCAAGCCCUGCUUCAGCACCCUUCAUGCCAAUUGCUCCCCCAGGUGAACCAACCCACUUUACGGUGGAAGACGUUUCUGACAGUACCAUUACCCUGAAGUGGAGACCUCCAGAACGGAUUGGAGCAGGGGGACUAGAUGGCUACACUGUGGAGUACUGCAAAGAAGGAUCUACAGAGUGGGUUCCAGCUAUUUAUGGUCUAACUGAACGCACAUCUACACUGAUUAAAGAUCUGGUCACUGGGGACAAACUCUACUUCCGUGUCAAGGCUAUAAACCUGGCUGGUGAGAGCAGACCAGCAGUAACCAAGGAGCCUAUUACCAUCAGAGAGAUUGUGCAACGUCCCAAAAUAUGGCUGCCACGCUAUCUUAGACAGACUCUGAUGAAGAAAGUGGGUGAGACAAUCAACAUUGUGAUUCCUUUUCAGGGUAAACCUAGACCCAGAGUUACUUGGAUGAAAGAUGGUCAAGCACUAGAGUCCAAAGAUGUGGGAAUUCGUAACAGCAUUACAGACACAAUCCUGUUCAUCCGAAAGGCAGAGCGUCAUCACUCAGGGACUUAUGAAGUGGCAGUUCGAAUAGAAAACAUGGAGGAUAAGGUUACUAUUACCAUACAGAUUGCAGACAAGCCUGGUCCUCCUCAGAAUGUGAAGAUUGUAGAUGUGUGGGGAUUCAAUGUUGCUCUGGAGUGGACACCUCCCCAAGAUGAUGGCAAUGCACAGAUUUUGGGGUACACAAUCCAGAAAGCUGACAAAAAAACGAUGGAAUGGUAUACUGUUUUUGAUCAUUAUCGACGAACAAACUGUGUAGUGUCUGACUUAAUAAUGGGGAAUGAGUACUACUUCCGAGUCUUCAGCGAAAAUUCAUGGGGACUGAGUGAAACUGCUGCAAACACCAAAACUCCUGUCUAUAUCCAAAAAACAGGCACCAUUUAUAAACCACCCAGUUACAAAGAAUAUGACUUCUCUGAACCCCCCAAAUUCACUCACCCCUUAGCAAACCGCUCUGUGAUUGCAGGCUACAAUGCUACACUCAGCUGUGCUCUCAGAGGAAUUCCCAAGCCAAAGAUCUUUUGGUACAAGAAUAAAGUAGAUCUCUCCGGAGAUGCCAAGUACCGUAUGUUCAGUAAACAAGGAGUGUUGACCCUGGAGAUACGGAAACCCACUCCAUUUGAUAGCGGCUGUUACACCUGCAAAGCUGUUAAUGACAGUGGUGAAGCUGAAAUAGAGUGCAGACUGGAUGUCAGAGCACCUCAGUAAAACUCACCAGGUUGGUUCAACAGCAAGUAAAGAGAGUAUGAAGAAUGGAACUUGAAAAGGAAGAAACAAAUACAGGAUAAUCUUAGAUGGACAUAAUUCUUUGCUUAUUUUUAAAUGCCAUUUAGUGAGUGUGUAUUUGGAAGAGGGAUGCAGGUAUUGGGUUUAGAUUCUUACACAGUAUAUGUUGCUCUUUCCAGAAAACCAUUUAAAUAGUACUGGCCCUCAGGAUCAUAUGUAGAAAUGCAAGGAAAGGGAAAAGAUGUUUCCUUAUAAGUAUGGAUCAUCUUUUAGGUCAGAAAAAUUAAACAGUAGAUAAAAGCUCUAGAUACGAACAAUUAGAUAGGAAGUCCGAAAUUCCCUAAUGCUAAAAUAAAUUCUAUCCAUUUCAGCUUAUUAGUUAUUUUCAAAAUUCUGAGAUUUCUGACAGGGCACUCAACUGCUCAGAAACAUAAAAUAUAGUAAAAUCUUAACUGGUUAUUCAUACUAGUGCUUCAACUUUCAUCAUAUCAAAGCCUACAUGCAAGAGACUGCCUUCCUCUUUCAAACUCCAAUAGCCAGCUCUACUGAGUCCAUACAAGUAUUCAUUUUUAAAGUGUCUAGAGAUCCCUGCUUGUCCAAAAUACAGUUUGAGAAUACUUGCUCUUUGCUUACUUGUAUAACAUUGUCUCUGUUAACUAUUCACUAAUCUUCUCAUUUGGAAAAACACAACAACAUAAACCUCUUUUUGUUUUUAGAUGCGUCUUCAGCUGAAUCACAGACCUCAUGAAAAAAAUUUAAAUUUGAGUUAGUUUGUAUUUGUAUUAGGCAGACCACUGAAAGAUAGAGUUAGUAAGCUAUUUGCAAACAUAACAUUUCAAAAGACAAAGCUUGUCAUGAAUUCCAUAAAAAACUUAUUUUACCUUGUAUCACCUUAGAUUUUUUCAUCAUUUGGAAACUAGUUUUACAUAUGUAUCCAGAAGUUAUGUUUUCAGUUGACUCUUUGAGUUUCCAUUAAAAACAAAAAUAAAAUAUAACCCUCUUCCUUCUGGGAAGUCUCCUGCUUACCACUUCCUACCCCUUUUCAGCAUACAGUAAUUGUUGUAAGUCCCUAGGUUAACAUUACUCUUUUUGUAUGUUGGCAUAACAAGAGAAGAUAUUUCUCAAAGAAUCAACAUGAAGAAAUUGAAGUAACACACAACACUCAUAAUUCUCCCCUCUGAGAUAUUCAGCUGUUAAUGGCUUAGUAUUUCUAACACAGCAGAUAGAUUAUGUUACACUGUGGAAUACCCCUUCAUAAUAAAGACACCUGUGCAAUGAAUGCUGGAUUAUGCUGUAUUUUAUUUACACAGCAGAACAGAGGGAUGAAUAAAUAAUCAAACUUUCUUCUAAAACUAGACAUGGCUUUUUUAUAUGGGCAUUUAUCUUCUAUAAAAUGUAUUGCCAUUCACUGGAGUAUAUCAGAAUAUGCAAGUGGAAAUAUAAGGGAAAGUACUUGCAACAUUUUCCCCUAUUUUAUAACCAAUUCUAUUUUUAAUUUUUUAACAUAUCGAACACCAUAUAUAUACAUAAAAAGUAUGUUCAGUAUCAUAGAAAGCUUAUUACCUGAACAAUAUAGCAGAAUUAGGUGAUCACCCAUGGCAUCUGUGUUGACAACGUCUGCAGAAAAGUAAGGGACUGAUUUACAAUGCCACAGGCUUAUAUAGCACCUUUUUAAUCUGAAAAGAGUUGUGUUUUACAGAUUAUAUCUUAAUAUCUGAAGGGCUCUUUGAAUAAUUAUUGCUAUGGAGACAUUGUAGGCCUUCACACGUUAUUUUAAUGUAGGACUAAAAGAGAACACAAAACUUAUAUUCCUAAAGAUGAUGGAGUUUUCCAUGAGGCAAGGAUUUCUUAGGGUAAUAUCUUUUAUUGGACCAACUGCAUGGUUGGAAUAGAGUUAGAUAAGCUUUCAAAUGCAAGACAUUUUCAUCAGGUCUGACCAGAAGGAGACAAGCAAAGAAUAGUAAAGAACACUAUUACAUUCCUGGCUGUUAAAUGUAUUUAAACUACACUGAGGGUAGUUCACUUACUGCAAGUGUGAUUAACAGUGGCACAAAGUGAUUCAACUUGAUGUCUUCAUCAAAGAAAUCUUUGUCCUUAUGCUAUAUACUCAUGAAAUUCCAGUAUGCAAAUGCUAUUAGAAUAAAAAAAUAAAAUCAGCAACAGCAUACUGCAUUUACAUGCAUACAGGAUAAGUGCAUAAUUCACUUACCUGCAUAACACAGUAUUAAUGCAUAUUGCUUGAUUACAACACUUCCAGGUACCUGUGUAUCAGUUAAACAUAUAAACUGAUUAAGUGCAUAUCAUUUUUUAGCCUGUCUACUUUCAGCCUUGAAACUACCAGAUACAAAAGCACUGACAAAGCCAUUAGCAAUACUCAUCAAGUACUGUACUGGUUAAUUGCUUAGGAACUGACUACUUUUUAGCUAAUUGUGCUCCCUUUAACUGCAUCAGAAACAGUGAAAAGGAAGCAGCUGUCAAAAGGCUGCUAUUAGACUUAAAAAUGACAGGGGCUAAUCAGUUUCAUGGCCAUUCUCUCACCUCAUUUUCCAGGCUUAUAAUUAUUAGAAACCUCAAAAAUGAGGAGAGCUAGUCAGUGUCUGGACACCUAAUGCCACAAUAUUGACAGUACCAUGUAAGUGAGAAGUAUUGCUUACAGUGCUGUCAGUGCUCUGGUAUUAGCAGCUCCAGAAUGAACUAGUUUUCUGGGUGUUCAUAGUUUCUAACACUUGUAAUCAAAACUGGUAUUAGACCCUUGAAAACAUGCAGGCAACAGCCUUGAAACUACCAGAUACAACAGCACUGACAGAGCCAUUCGCAAUACCCAUCAAGUACUGUACUUUCUCUUACACAACAUGCACAUUUUUCAAAAAAAUUAGCCACCAGAAAUUGGGGUUCAUACUUAAGCAAGAAAAUACAGUAAUAGCAGCUUCUGCAACAGGAGCUUCUGCUGGGAGAAAGAGAAAAGACUACUGCACAUGCUGCACAAAGGACAACACGGUGAACAGGCAGGGCUAGCUAGCUGCUGGCUAUGGACAGGAGAAGCCCUGCAAGCCAACUUUGCUGCCUGUGCGCAGUAUCACUAUCCCUUUCCCUUGGCAGAAGCUCAUGCUGAAGAAGCUGCUACUAACACAGCAAGACCCUCUGCCCUAGCACCUGGGGCUUGGCUUUGCUGUAUUUCUAAAGCAGAGCAAGCCCUGGGUGCUGGGACAGAGCCUCCUGCUGAAUCAGCUGAGUGGGCUCUCAGCUGUCUCUGCAGCUGCUAGCUAGGAUCAAGCCCACCUAGCAGGCUCUGCUGGCUAUCCACCUAGCUCAGCUCAAGAGAAAAGAGGCCAGGCAGUUUGGCUCAUUCAACAGCAUCUGUGGCAUCCUGAAGCUAGAGCAGCCACAAUGUUUUGCUCUCCCCACCUUACUGCAGCUGCCAGUGUUUUCCCUGGAAAAAACCCAUACUUUUUAGUAUUUUCAAAGAAAAAAAAUCUUUUUCUCUUAAUUAUGCCUUUAAAAACAAGGGGGCAUGUUGUAUGAAAGAAAAUAUGUUAUACUGACUAGCUCCCCUCAUUUUCAAGGUUUGUAAUAGUUAGUCAGCACAGCUAUUAGAAGCCUUAGAGGGGAGCUAGUCAGUUGUACAAUGACUAGUAGCACAGCACAUGGUGUUUAACAAGGAUUGAUUGUUCAUUUUAACUUUGCUUAAGUGCAUCCUCCAGGUGAACAAUGCAUGACCACUAAUGGAAUAUACCAGAUUGAGAUACCAGUGACAGGCAUUUUCAAAAUGCACAAGACAAAAAAGUACUAAAAAGGAAACCUGUUUAUCAUGCAGACUCCAUAAAUAAGUGACUACUAACGAAUGGUCUCCUCUAGCCAAAUGGAGUGAACUGCUACUUCUUGAGUACAUCCAGGAGUACAAAUACAAAGAAGAAUGGGUUGCUUUUUCAGUUUAGUGGCUCCUUGCAAACAUAAUAUAGAAGUCUUAAACAAUAAUAGGGCAAACUGGAGUGAUCCACAUGAAUUAAAAUAAGGACACAUAAUAAAAAGUUACAUUUAAAAAAGCAAUAAACCAAUUUUAAUACUAAAAUGCUAGCCAUUCUUCAGACACUGAAAAAUGCAGAUAACUUGACGUUAGAUAAAUCACUAACUGAUAAUCGUAAGCCAUGUGAUACUACAUACCACAAGCCUAGCCAAUUUAAGAAAAAGCAUGUACAUCCUCCUCAACCACAUCUGAACACAGGCUAUUUCCAACAACAGAACUACACUAAAAAAAUCAGUGACAAAUGAUAAUGUGUUUCCUGCAUGGAAUCUACUCCCUGCUACUAUAUCAACUUGCAAGUCAAGACUGACACCUUGUGGUCUCCUGGAAUGUUCAAUGAAUUUUCUUUUCACCAAGCAACUAGCAUCCUUCUCUUCAUUUGCUAGAUUUCCCCAUCUUUUUUUCCCUUAAACUCAGAUGAAGAAAUCAUUUUAAAGAUACCAAGGCAAAGUUCCACCAUAUUCUUAUUUCUGCUAAGUAUUAUUACAAAACAGUUUUUACUGCUGACCUCUAUCUUGGAAACGAUUUACAAAACAAUAAUACAUUCAUCAAAAAGAAUUAUAUGUAUUCAUAUAUUAGUUAGCUUAUCUGUAAUUCUAAAGCACAUAAGGGUCUGACUGUAACAUGCACUGGAACCAUCAGGGCCAUUAAAACUAAUAUGGCUAGGAAAAUGACCAUAAUUUACGACACAUAUAAUUCCACAAUGCUUGCUUUAAUGCAAGGAGGAGAGGAACUCAAGCAUUAGAAUGUGAGGAAUAAAAGUGAGAGUUAACAACUUAUCUAUUUUUUAUGUCAUUUUUUGGACUUCUUGCCUAGCUGCUGUGUGCAUAUCUGCUUUCAAGGGCAAUGUUUUUAACUGAUAAAAAGGUUUUAAACUAAUGUUCCACAAGGUCAAGAUAUUUUACAUCUAUACCUGACAUGAAGGUGGAUUUUAAAUUCCAUUUGUAUCAGUCAUAACUUCCCCCUUUUCUUUCCCAAGCUGUACUCAUUGCCAAGUGAGGUUAGCAUGAUAUCUGGUGAUUCUGAAAAUAAGUCUGGGGGAAGGGAAGAGGAGGAGGAAUCUAUUUCAAAGGCUUUUAGGCUUGGUAUAUUUUGCAUGCAGAUUUGCUACCAGCUAUCUGGUAUUUCUGUACAGGAGGGUUGUAGAGCCUAUUCAUCCUUUUGUACUAUAAAAAUCUGCAAACAUGCCACAAGUAUCUCUAAUAGUAUUUUUAUACUGUUUAAAAUAUCUUCUUUUAAAUCAAUUACCCAAUCCUUUUGGUACUGUUCCUUACUGCCAUUUUUUCUAAAUCUGAGCAUCUGAAUUAUGUCAAUAGCAGUAACAUUACAUGACUGAAACUUCAGUCACUUUUCCACUCAUAUGCCCAUAAAAUUAUUCAUUUGCUUUUUCUAAUGCCAAUUUGGGAAAGUAGUCCCUGCAGUCAUCUCAGCUCCUUAAGGGCAGGUGCUACUAGCUAAUCUCCCAUGAAUGGAAAUAUGCAGAGGCAGCUCUUGAAUAAGAUUAUUAACACGUAAUUUGUAUAUUGAGUUUAUUGCAUCUACCUGUUGUGGAAUCAGAAAAAAUAUAUGCCUUAAACUUUGAUUAUUUUAGUUAUAAGAUGACAUAACCGCUUUGUGUAGAAUUGCUGGCUCUGUACAGUAGAACAGAUAAGGACAAGUGUUUGUUCUUUGUAACUCUUCUGCAACUGCUUCGCUCACCGCGGCCUUGAAGGUAGCAAAAAAAAAAGUAUGUACAAAGUAGAUUUCCAGGUGCAAGAAGGAGGUUUGUGAACUAACCUCACCUCCCUCAUAAUUCCCAUCCUGAUUACAGCAAAGAAAUAAUGAAGUAAUAUUAUAGCCGCUUUUCAUGCUAAUUUCACUAUAUGAUCACGUGAGUUGUAAGCGACUGUUAAAAAGUAUAUAAGCCUCCUGAUUUUGCUCUUGGGGGGGGACCCCUUCCAAGUGCUUGGGAAAUCCAUGUCACUUUGGAACUCCCCCUACAGCUGUAGUUUCUUUUGAAUAAAAGCUUCUGCUGACCUGA